AUGAGGAGACAGCAGAGGACGUGUGGAAGGCUGACCCUCAGGAAGAGCUCAGGGUCACUGGAGAGGGUGGGUGCGACCAUAAGGGAGCCUGGUUCCAAACCUAGGAAACCACCAUCCUUUGAACAACGGUACUGUAAUGAAGAAUUCAUCACACAACCCAACAUAUCUCCUGAAGACUCAGUGGAACAUUACCCCAAUUCUGAUCAUCCAGAGGAACCAGGUACACCCCGGCUCGCGUCUACAGAAGUGUUCAGCACAGAGCAGCACCGGCAGGACGAGGACGAGGACUCACUAGACCUAGUGAUGGUGAAGGAUGAGAAAGAGGAGGAGCUAGAUCAGACCACGGCCCUGGCAGGACCUGACCAGUUUGUUAUGGAUGAGACUGAUGGGCAGCUGUGGACCUCUGUGGAUCCAGGCAGAGAUACUGACCCUGAUGGCCACCCAGAUUUCUCCUUUCAUUCCACAGAAGAGUACUCUCAGAAUAUCUCAAUUUUCCCAUCUCAUAGUGGGCUGCCAUCCGUUCCUACUAUGACAGAUGAUGUGGGGCCAUCGCUUCACUCUUCUAUAUGGAAACCACAUGCUAACAUGUUCAGUGCAGCAUCACACAUGAAAAGACAUAUCAGGACAAUGGCUGAUGGGACUAGACAACAGAUGCCAGAGGGAGAGAACAGCGAGAGGCUGAACUCAAAUAAUGAAGGAAAUAGUUUAGCUCUACAGCCAAUGCAGCAUCAAUACAGGGCUUCAGAAGCAACGGUGAGAUUGAGUGAGUGCAUGACAGAGUCAAACAUGGCCACCACCUCCACCUUCUCUGGAUACAGCCUGAGUCGCAGUAGUUUUAACAUGGUGAAGAGAAUGAGGACUCAGUGGAGGUCGGGCGGCACCACCGAGAGGCGUUUCAGCUGCACUUUCUGUGGGAAGAGUUUCCAGCGUCUCUGCCAGCUCAAAGAACACCUCCGGAGUCACACCGGAGAGAAACCGUACACUUGCGAACAGUGUGGCAGGAGUUUCACCAAGCAGUGCAACCUGAUCAGACAUGCUAUGGUCCACAGCGGGGAGAAGCCCUAUGAGUGCACACAGUGUGGGAAAUGCUUCACCAGGCGCUCCAAAAUGACAUCGCAUCAGAGAACUCACAUAGUAGAGAGUCCAGUGUCUCAAUACGUGGUGCCCGCAUACCCUGGGGAUCCACACAAAAGUUGAAUGUAGUCUCAUGAGAUGGAACUUAAUUGUAUAGUUGUUCUGUAACACUUUAUGUGAAAAUGUGGUACAGAAGUUAUUUUGAGACAUUUUCAAAUGUUUUCCUCACAAUUGAUUUGUAAAAUGGUUUUCAUGUUUGACUAUUGAUGGCUCCUCACUUUCGUUUUAACAACCUAUUUACAACUGGUAACAAUGUGUAUUUGUACCACAAUCAUAAAAACAAUGUUAUAUAAUAAAUAAUCGUAUUGAUUUUAUGAGUCAA